AUGAAGACCCUUCUUCUUACUCUGCUAUGUCUUGCAACCAAAGCAUUCUCAUGGGGCGAGCUUGGCCAUCGUACCGUUGGCUAUCUCGCCCAGACAUACUUCACCUCCGAGGCUGAGAGUCUGUUCAACGAGCUCGUGCGUCCAAGCGAGUCAUUUGACAUCUCGGACGGUGCGGUUUGGGCCGAUGAGUUUGCCACGCACAGAAUGCCCUGGUCCAGGCCAUGGCAUUUUAUCGAUGCAAAAGACAACCCGCCGGAGGAAUGCAACGUCAACUUCAACGCGGACUGCGACCCGGACAAGAAAUGUGUCAUCGCGGCCAUCGCUAACAUGACCGCCCAGGUCAACAAUCCACGUCUGAGUGCAAAAGACCAGAGCGACGCAUUGAAAUUCCUCCUGCACUUCCUUGGCGACGUCACCCAGCCCUUGCACACGGAGUAG